AUGAAGGCCAGUACCAAUGUUUCCCACGCGCCCAUGCUGGGCUCUGAGAUGCGGGUGAUAAACCUGACCUUCGCACUUGUGGUUGCUCUGUGUACUAUCAGGUAACGGUGAAGAAAGAGAAUGCCAUUGUGCUCUCUUUUCUCUUCUAUACCACUUUCAGUGCCUUGGUUCUUAUCUAUGGUAAGAAUGCCUUCUGGAAGGCUCUCCUCCACCCUUACAAUGUCUGCCUGGAUGAGUUUUCUUGUCUAUCCUGCCUGAAGGUGCUGGAGACCAAACGCAAAACCAGCUCUGCUCACACAGUCAAACACGGAGGUCAGACCAGG